AGCACUCCUUCCGAGAGUUCCGUCCUUUCCAGUGCCGUCAGCGGACCGUCGUGUUCUGCAAAAAUGGCACUUUACAAUUUUAAGAAGAUUAUGGUGGUCCCCACAUCAAAGGACUUCAUCGACAUCACUUUAUCCAAAACUCAAAGGAAGACACCGACAGUAGUCCACAAACAUUACGCAAUUCACCGAAUCAGACAUUUUUACAUGCGCAAAGUGAAAUUCACCCAGCAAAGCUACCAUGACAGACUAACUCAGAUCCUUACAGACUUCCCAAAGUUGGACGAUAUCCAUCCAUUCUAUGCUGAUUUGAUGAAUGUCUUGUAUGACAAAGACCAUUACAAGCUGGCAUUGGGACAAAUAAACAUUGCCAAGAAUUUGAUUGACAAUGUUGCUAAAGAUUAUGUUCGUCUCAUGAAGUAUGGAGAUUCUCUGUACCGGUGUAAGCAACUGAAAAGAGCGGCUCUGGGUCGCAUGUGCACCAUUCUGAAACGACAGAAGCAAAGCUUGGAAUAUCUAGAGCAAGUACGCCAGCAUCUUUCUCGUUUGCCCUCGAUCGAUCCCAACACACGAACUCUGCUGCUCUGUGGUUAUCCCAAUGUGGGAAAGUCCAGUUUCAUCAACAAGGUCACCAGAGCUGAUGUAGAUGUCCAGCCCUAUGCCUUCACCACCAAAUCCCUGUUUGUUGGACAUAUGGACUACAAGUACCUUCGCUGGCAGGUGGUGGACACCCCUGGGAUCCUGGAUCACCCAUUGGAGGAGAGGAACACCAUUGAGAUGCAGGCCAUCACCGCCCUGGCCCACCUGCGUGCUGCCGUGCUCUACAUCAUGGACCCGUCCGAGCAGUGUGGUCAAACCCUGGAGCAGCAGCUGGAGCUGUUCAACAACAUCAGGCCUCUGUUUGCCAACAAGCCUCUGCUAGUUGUGGCUAACAAGUGCGAUGUCAAAAAGAUCAGCGAAUUGUCCGAGGAAAACCAGAAAAUCUUUGCUGACAUCUUGGCAGAGGGCAUUCCUGUCAUUGAGACGAGCACUUUAACCGAAGAGGGAGUGAUCCAAGUAAAAACAGAGGCUUGUGACAAAUUGUUGGCCCACCGCGUUGACAACAAAAUGAAGGGCAAGAAAGUCCAUGAUGUCCUCAACAGACUGCAUUUGGCUGUGCCUGCUAAAAGAGAUGAGAAGGACAGACCACCUUUCAUCCCAGAGGGGGCUACAGUCCGAAGGAAAGCAAUGGAGGUGGAUGCUCCCAAACGCAGAACGGAGAGGGAUCUGGAGAUGGAGCUAGGAGAUGACUAUGUACUCGACUUGCAGAAAUACUGGGAUCUGAUGAACCAAGAGGAGAAACAUGACAUCAUUCCCGAAAUCUGGGAGGGUCACAACAUUGCAGAUUACAUUGAUCCUGAAAUCAUGAAGAACUUGGUGGAGCUGGAGAAGGAGGAGGAGCUGAAGGAGAAGGCCGGGGAGUAUGAUUCUGACGAGGAGAGCGAAGAUGAGGAGAUGCAGGAGAUCCGCAUGCUGGCCAAACAGAUCAGGGAGAAAAAGAAGUUGAAGAUUGUAGCCUCCAAAGACAAGGAUGUGCAUGGCCCCAGACUGCCCCGGACGGCCAAAAAGGUUGACAGAAAGACUAUUGAGAAAGAAAUGGGAGAUCUUGGUCUGGACAUGACCGAUAAGGAUGAUAGUCACUACGCAGGGCAGGCUCGCAGAUCCCGGAGUGUGACCCAGAAGCGGAAGCGUGAGGUCUCUGCACCCCCCAUCUCUCGCACGCGGAGCCAGAGUGCUUCUCGUCCGCCUCGCGACCAGUCUGGCGUGCGUGAUGCCAAGAUGGCAAGGAAGGCUAAGAAGAUGAUGAAGCACUCCCAGAAAGAAAUAAAUCGCGAGGGGAAGAAAGGAGAGGCGGACAGACAUGUCUUUGACCUCAAGCCUAAACAUCUAUUUUCAGGAAAGAGGAAAUCUGGGACCAAUGAUCGCAGAUAAACUUGCCUGUUUGGUUACUUGUCUAGACGUUGGUCAGAAGCAGGAACUUAAGCAGGUGGGGUGGGGGCUUAUCAUGGUGCAGUCCAACAGUCCUUUUGAGUGGCUUUUUUGGAAUAUAAAACUGUCAACACAAUACAUAUUAAUAUUUACACAUUGUGGCACAAGUGUCAUUUUUUUUUACUGAUGGUAAACAGUAAAAAAAUAUAUAUAUAUGAAAGUGUCAAACUUGCAGUUAGCACAUGAAAAAUAUGUAUGAUUUAAGUAGCUCCUGAAUAAAUGUCCUGUCAACCGG